AUGAUGCUGUCAACGCUGACACCACGACUUGUCUCCAGGCAAUGCUUGAACCGAAUUAUUGCCAUCAGAAGCGCAUCCAAGGGAAUGCAGCUCUCGGGGAAGCAGAGCUUGACCGUUGAUCCAGCACUUGGACAUUUCAAAUACGAGAGGGACAUUUCUCGAGAUCCUCGUUAUACCAAUCCACAGAAGCUCGGCGACACCCCCACGAGAUUCUUGGUUCGUAAACUUCAUCAUGCUUACGAGUUGUACCCAAUAUUCGCCCUAACUUUUGUUUGGUUUAUCAUGUUCUGCUACGUCAUCUACUACUCAUUCAGCAAGGCUGAAAUCUGGUUGGACAGAAGCAAAUCAGUUGCACCAUGGGAUUGGGAGCGAAGCCGUAACACCUACUACAAGAACCCAACACUUUUGUUCGACAAGGAGGGAAGGACCCACCAAAGAAUAGAGCUUCUAGAAGUUUUGCAAGACCAAAUGGUAGAGGCAGCCAAGGCUCGCGGAACUCGCUAG